AUGUAUGACAAGAUGGAACCUGCUUUGAAAAAGUUUAUCUGCAGUAACCUUCAGAAUAUUAAUUCAAAAUACUAUGAAUUCUCGAAUUUUUUCGGAAAUGAAUUAAUCGGAUGCAACAGCUUUGCAAUGUAUUAUAAGGCAAAGUGCAACAUUCGAAAUCUAAACGACGUUGUUGCGUUAAGAUUAGAAACAAAGUUUGAUAACGAUGAUUUAAAUGAACAAAGUUUAAAAAGGCAAAUAAAUGAG